AUGUACACCCUCCUGUCUGGAUUCUAUCGCUACAUGUGCCAGCGCGACCAGUAUUUUGUUUUAAUCUUGGGCUUGGACAAUGCUGGAAAAACGACAUUCCUGGAACAGACAAAAACAAAGUUCAACAAGAAUUAUCAAGGCAUGAACUUGGCAAAGAUAACCUCCACUGUUGGACUUAAUAUUGGGAAAAUUGAUGUAGGCUCCUCCAGACUGAACUUCUGGGAUCUGGGAGGUCAAGAGGAGUUGCAGUCCCUAUGGGAUAAGUACUAUGUGGAAUCUCAUGCUGUCAUAUACAUUGUGGACUCAUCAGAUAGGGAGCGGGUUGAGGAGUCCAAGGAGGCAUUUGAGAAAGUUGUCAUGAACGACAACCUGGUGGGUGUUCCUCUCAUGCUGCUGGCCAACAAACAAGAUCUAGAGGGCUGUCUCAAAGUGACCGAAGUGAAGACGAUAUUCAAUGAUCCUCUACAGACAAUGGGCCAGCGAGAAUCUUGGGUGCAGGGUGUUUCAGCCCUACGGGGGGACGGCGUUCAAGAAGGCAUCGACUGGCUAGUGGAAGCCAUCAAGAGAAACAGUUCCGCACGGCCCCCACAACAAAAAGAGAUCACAUGA